CGUUUCAAUGGAAUAAAAACUGCGCACUUUCUUUAAGGACUGCCUGAUCUGAUCGCAGCGUGGACUAAUCCGUCCUCGGAAAUGGAUAUCAGUGGCGUUUUUGGAUGAUCAGGAAAUCCGUGUCCAUCGCAACCCCUGCUGCCAUGGAGGCAAGGGGGGCUUGCGAUUUUUUUUUAAAGCAGAUUGGAUAUCGGAGGAGGAAACGAGCUGUGCAAUCAUUUAGAAAGGUGAUAUGACUGUGCAGAGAUGCAGGAUCUGUGAUGAGUCUCUCCGUCAUGCCUUGCCCAUGGGCGAUCACAUCCAUAUUUUGUGGACUGGGAUCUAUCUGGGUGCUCAGGACUCCCCGUGUCGACAUUUACAUCUGAACACGAUAUGGAUUCUGAACAGGGUGAAACGUUUGUAGGAGAGGGCUUUUAGUGGGCUGCGUCAUCUGUGGCUGGGUGAGGAGAUGGACUGCUUUUCAUAUUUUCUACUGAAACAGUUUGCACAGAGAGAGAGAGAGAGAGAGAGAGAGAGUCGGCACACUGCACACAGAGGUGAGGGAGUGAGGAACAUGGAUAAGCACUGUAGUGCUGUGUUUGAAGAACCACCAGCACCUGACUGAAGUCAACAUGGACUGUUCAGUCCCACUAAAGGACAACACGGCUGCCACCUCUUGUUGUGGGGCGACACCUGCAAGCAUCAACUUGCCCAGGUGCAGGCAACAUCUGGCCCAACCUGAUGUCAGCACACAUCCAGAAUGUGCUCAGCUCUGGCAGGAAGUGGGAGGAGUCACAAUGGCCUGCUGAAAAAGACGGACUACAUUACCCAUGAUCACCAGGGUUGAGGAGACCACAGAGAGAUGAUUGGUAGCCAAAGCUGAGACUUGACACACCUGUGACUCAAAAACCUGGUGCUACUCUAAAAGCCGCUGGGCUUUGGAUUCUUGGUGCUAGAGAGUCGGACAAUAGCGAUAUUCUCAGUGUUGGAGUGAGGCCCUCUCUGUGCUGCAGUGGAGGGCUUCACAGACACAGCUAGUCUGGCUGGAUGCAUCACGCAGUAGAGCAGUUUGUCGGGCGUGGCACACGGGAUUCCUUCCCUCUGGACGGACUCAACCGGGGACCAUGGGCUCCCGUGGGCGGCCGCGCCUGGCAACCACCUGCCAGGUGUUCGCCUGGAAUGAACCAACACCAGCUCCUUUCCCAUCUACCUCCUGGUCCUAUGGGUGGACCCAAUCAUCCAAGUAAAUUUUUUAGUAAUGGGCCCAUGCGAGGAACUGAGAAGCUUGAGCUCCCACAGCCGAUGUUACCAGGUGUGCAUAGGGAGCAAGCGAGACCUCAUCCUCAUCAUCUUCACCCUCCCCCUCCCCACAGAGCAUGGGAGCAACUGGCUCCGCUGUAUGACUCCCACCUCUCUCCUCAAGGACAUACUGUGAUGCCCACUCACAACGAGCCCUCACUUCGACUUCAUAAUGGAGGCUAUGCAGGUAGUGGGGGACUUCCCCACAACGGCCACCAUCAACCCAGCAGACCAAACCAUCUGCAGAAGUUUGGGGGUCCUCAGGAGCAGCAUGUUCCCCGGGGGCCACCAUUGCUUGGAAAUGACAUGUGGGCUCAGGUGCACCAGAGGGGCUAUCUAGGAAAGAUGCUGGGGGGUCAACUGAAGAGACCGGGUCCUCCAUUGGGAGAGCAGUCGGUGAUACAACACACUCCUCCAUCAUCACAACAACACCUGUCCUCGCACCAAGCUACAGAGGACUGCCCCAGCCCCAGCAAGAGGAAGAGGAAUUCAGAUCAGGUAUCACACAAUGGGCUCCAGUGUUUCCCUGGCCCUGGCCACUCUUUCUUAUCUCCUCAACUGUCAUCUGUCCAUCACAACUCUGCAAAACCGGCCUUCUGGAACCCUCUUCACAAGAGCAGCAACACUCCCUGGCAGCACCAGAACUCGGACCACAAGAACCAGGAGUUCCAGGUUCGAACUGAAACCAACAAACUUGGAAUGAGCAGCUACACUUCCAAAUCCUCUCCCUCCUCUUCGAGCCCUUCAAACCUCUCUCCUCCAUCACACUCAUCUCCUGGAAACUUCAACCAGGGAUGUGCUUCUCAGCUCCAGAAAGACACAUUCCAACCUCAGGCUGUAAACCAGCAGUCCCCUCAUUCUUCAUACCCCAGUCCAAGCUCCAAACUAGGGCUAGUUCCAACCUGUCAGGCUAUGGAGCCUCAUGGUCAUCAUAACCAGAGAGGCCCUUUCAUUGGGGGGAAAGGUGGCAGCCAAGCUACCUCUCAAACAGCAUCGACCCCAAAAAGGGGAGACAGAGGUCAACACCUAAACACCCAUGUGCCACCAGCAAACCAUUCUGCAAAUAGCAACAACAGCAGCAGUGUGCCUUACAGCCUCUUCCAGCCUCACCCAGGGCUGGGGCUCCAGGGUCCUCCUCCCCCUCCACCACCUCCUGCCAGCAGCACCUCAGUACCUCAGCAACAGAAAAGUGCGCCUCAUGAGGCCUGGAGAUAUCAGAGAAGGCCCAGCAGUCAAUCCCUGGAAUUGGGAACCUACAGGGGUCCAGGUCUGCUACCUCAGCACCAGCAGAGCCACAAUCAGGUCAUGGAUAGUCGGGUUCCUAGGCCCCCCCAGCAGCAUGUCAGCCCUCCUCUGCCCCAAACCAACUCCACACGGACACCCGUUAUUACCCCAAAUCUGCCUCUAUCCCAGGCCUCCUGCUCCAUCAGUAGCUAUGGCAACAGCACCAGCUCAAAGGGUAUACCAAUGGGUGUAGUAUCCACGCUGAACACAGCACCACCCGGCCCUGUGAACAAAGGCAGCAGUCAUAGCAGCUGGCAGAGAGGAAAAGAGCCAGUAUCCCAAAUUUCCACCAUCAGCGUCACUAGUCCCCCGCCUCACCUGGACUCACUUCUGCAACCAGGAUGUCAAAGAGGCCAAAUCAUCACUGCCAACCAGCCUCACCAACAGGGUCAGCCUAGACCAAAACAACCAGUUACCAAGUCCCAGCCCAUGAAGGGGAAGACCUCAUUCUAUGCUCAGGCUGAACAGAAGCAACCUCCUGUAUUGUCCUCUUCUUCUCUGUUCUCCUCGGGACACCACAGGGCAGGAGGGGAUAGUGUGAUUACAAGCAGACUUUUAAAUCCUCUUCCUGUCUCUCCUACUAAAUAUCGCCCAGCUUCACCCUCCAGGCUUCAACCCCCCUCAACUGUCAUCAACGCCCCUCAGCCAUCUAAUCCAGUCUUCUUCUCUGGACCUGUUCACCAUCCAGACUCUGCCUCCACACAGGCGUACUCUCAGCCCCGCGUUCGUCCAGCAGCUCCCACCCCCGUCCCGCAGUCCAUUGAAGAGGCCUUAGACAAGCUUGAUGCAGAGCUCGAGGGUCAUAUGCAAGCUGUAGAAAGGGGGAAAAGGGACAGAGAGGAGCAUGAAAGAAAACUGAGAGAAGAAAGAAAAGAAUGGGAGAUGAGACAAAAGCGGGACGAGGAAAGGAAGAGGAAAGAGCUGGAGAAGAAGGAGAAGGAGAUUAAAAAGAGAGAGCUGGAGAGACAGGAAGAGGAGAGGAGAAAGAGAGAGUCGGACAGGCGGGAGCAGGAGAGAAAGAGGAGACAAGAGGAGGAGAUGAGGAGACGAGAAGCUGAGAGGCUGGAGGGGGAGAGGAUAAAGAGAGAAUGGGAGAGGCAGGAAGAGGAGAGGAAAAAGAGAGAAUGGGAGAGGGAACAGGAAAGGAAGAAGAGAAACUGGGAAAAGAAAGAGGAGGAGAGAAAAAAGAGAGAACUGGAGAAGCAGGAGGAAGAAAGGAAACUACAAAGAGAGUUUGAAACAAAAGAGGAGGAAAAGAGGAUGGAACAGGAGAGGGAGCAGGAGCUGUCGAGUACAAAAGGCAAAGAGCAGACAGCUAUUGAAAACCUGGAGCGACUGCUCUCUGGAAACACUUCUCCAGCACCGCUACCUCCUCGCUUGUCUUCAGUUACUGUACCUCCUUCAGGUACAUCACCCCGGAGCUCCCAGGCUUCACCCCCCUACCCCUGGCUUAGCCGUGGUGGCAUGCUCCCGUGUCCACCAGGCCAGCUGAACACCAACACUACUCCUGCGGAGAGGCUGCGGCCCCCCCCUCUCACACCUCAGACUGAGUAUGCCAGAGAGAAGCAGAGACAGAGAGAGAUGUGGAGCAACAACUGUGGAAUGACUUUCAGUCCCUCAUCGACUCACAACAAUACCUCAGGGAUGAACCAGUCCAACAAGCCCAACAAGCCCCCUGCAAUGCAAGUGGCACCCAGCCCAUCCAAAGACACAGCCAGGGAGAGGGACAGCAACCAGCAUGCUCUGCCUCACCUGGCACUCAGAGAGCCCCCCAAACUAUAUCAGGCUUUCCCCAGAGAACAACUCCCACAGCCACCUUUACUAUCCACCAGGGGGCGCCUCAACAAGCAGGUGACAGAGAGGGGGAAUGAUGAAAGCUGUGGCGCUGACAGUGCUCAGUUUGAGGAGGAGCCCUCUGAGAUGUCCACCCUGCUCCCUGAUGGUCUGGCUAACAUCAUGGCCAUGCUGGAUGAAUCCAUCAAGAAGGAAGAGGAGAUGUGUAACAGUCAGAAGACUGGCUCAGUGAGUCUUUUUUCUCCUGGUAUCCCUCCAAUGAAAAGCUACCUGUGUGCCCCGGACCUCAUUCCAGCCACAAAGCAUCAGCCAAACCAGGAAGACUUUGGAUCAAAUUCACACGCUAGCCCUCCUGUGCUCAGCCGCCAAGGCUCUUUAGCGUCUCCCUGUAGUCGCACGUCUUCUCUUAAUGAGGACGAUGAGGAUUACCUGAAACCUUCCCCGAGUCUUCCCAAACCUAAACAGCCGUCGGACAUUGGAAUGGGUGUAGGGAACACCAAUUACCGCCACAGUGACUUGGCUAAACUGUAUGGUCUCCCCGAGCAGACUAAAAGUGAGGCUGAGGAGGAGGAGGAGGAGGAUGAGGAUGAGGAGGAGGAUUCUGAGACCCCAUCUUGUUCUCCACCACCCCAAAGGCCCCACCUUCACCAAACAGGUGUACACAGUAUGUUCAAAUCUCUCGCCACAGUCCUAGAGAGCCAGAAGUAUGCUUACCGUGGUGGGCCGUUUGGAAGACCCCCUCCAUCUGCACUGGUCGGGGUCAAAUAUUCUUCUUCACUGUCGCUGGGCCCUGAUAUAGACCGCCAGCAGCAGGGCAGCUCUCCAACAUCUGAUUCAACCAAUCCACCAUUCAGUCCAAUUGUCCCACUUAAGUUCUCCCCUCUCUCGCAGCUGGAGGACAAGAAACUGAAGAUAGAGGAUGCUGACGUCUGGAGAGAUCAGGAAGAGAUGACAGAGAAAAGUAUUGACUCUUUUCCUGUCAUUACUCCUGUUAGGGUGGUGAAGGAGGAACAACUGUUGACCACCAUCUCCGAGUCUUCUCUUGCAGAGUUGGGAAAGAGCUGUGAAAUCAUACUCGGUCAACAGUCGCUUCCUAACAAGAAGUUGGAAGAGUGUGAAGGCCACAGCCAGGUGGAAGAGAGAGUGAAGGAGCGCAGAGAGAAAGAGAAGAAAAAGCACGGGCACAGUAGCAUCAGGAAGCAUGAGGAAAGGAAAGAAAAGAAGCAUCGAGAGAUGGCCUUCUCCUCUUCUUUAUCAUCAUCAUCUUCUUCUUCUUCAAACUGCUCCAGUUCCAGCCACAGGCGGCAUAAGGACGGCAAGAGCCACAAGGAAAAGAAGGAUCGCAGAAUCCUCGGUGACCUAAACCUCCAGAGCAAGGAGGGCUAUCUUAAGAAUCAGAGUCAUCACGUCAUGGAGAAGAAGAAACGCAAGGACGCUUCUGGUUCCAGCUCCACCAGUGAAGGAGAGCAGGCAGAGUGGAUGUCGAGGAGCUCUGCAGAGAGAUCCUCUGAACACAACAAAGUCUCAGAGUCUGGUUCUUCAUUAGGAUCGACAGACUUCUUGAAACUGAAGGCGCUGUCGGACGGGCCCCCCAAGGAGCUGAAGAUUCGCCUGAUCAAGGUGGAGAGUGGGGACAGGGAGACGUUCAUCACCUCUGAGGUGGAGGAGAAAAGAAUCCCACUGGAGGAAAUCAGCAUCAAGAACUCUGCUAGUGAGAUCAUCAGGUCCUGCAAGGGGGCCAGAGUCAAAGGGAAGUUCAGAGAAUCCUACUUACUCCCUGCCUUCUCUGUGAAACCCAUCAUGACCUCCGAGGAACCCAUUCCCAGAGAGAAACUAAAUCCUCCUACACCCAGCAUCUAUUUGGAGAGUAAGAGGGAUGCCUUCUCUCCUGUGCUGCUGCAGUUCUGUACAGACCCCAAGAAUCCUGUGACUGUCAUCAGAGGACUGGCUGGAUCUCUGCGACUCAACCUGGGGCUGUUUUCUACAAAGUCCCUGGUGGAAGCCAAUGCAGAGCAGGCAGUGGAGGUUAGGACCCAAGUCCAGCAGCCUGCUGAUGAGAACUGGGACCCCAGUGGGACCGGUCAGACAUGGCCCUGUGAGAGCAGCCGCUCCCACACCACAAUCGCCAAGUACGCACAGUACCAGGCCUCCAGCUUCCAAGAGAGUCUGCAGGAAGAGAAAGGCAGUGAAGAUGAGGAGGAGGAGGAGGAGGAGGAGGAGGAUGAUAAAGAGAAGAAGACAUCCAGUAGCUCUGAUAAUUCCAUCAAAGAAAGCUCUAAAGAAAGUAGCAGUGCCGAGCAGAAGCCAGUGGGGAAGAUCAUUAAGUUUGGUACCAACAUAGACCUGUCAGAUCCCAAGAGAUGGAAACCUCAGCUUCAGGAGUUGCAGAAGCUGCCAGCAUUCAUGCGUGUGGCAUCAAGUGGAAACAUGCUGAGCCAUGUGGGACACACAAUCCUCGGCAUGAACACUGUGCAGCUCUACAUGAAGGUUCCAGGGAGCCGGACACCAGGUCACCAAGAAAACAACAACUUCUGCUCUGUAAACAUCAACAUCGGGCCCGGUGACUGUGAGUGGUUCUCUGUUCACGAGAACUACUGGCCUGCCAUUAACGACUUCUGUGAAAAGCACGGAGUAGAUUACCUAACGGGGUCCUGGUGGCCCGUGUUAGAGGACCUCUACAAGGCCAACAUCCCUGUGUAUCGCUUCAUCCAACGGCCCGGAGACUUGGUGUGGAUCAAUGCUGGAACUGUUCACUGGGUCCAGGCUGUUGGUUGGUGCAACAACAUCGCUUGGAAUGUGGGACCCCUCAGUGCUUACCAGUACCAGCUCGCCCUGGAGAGAUUUGAGUGGAAUGAGGUCAAAAAGGUCAAAUCCAUUGUACCCAUGAUCCAUGUGUCCUGGAACGUGGCCCGGACCGUCAAGAUCACAGACGAGGACACCUUCAAGAUGAUUAAACACUGCCUGCUGCAAUCUAUGAAGCACAUCCAGAUCCUGCGUGACCAGUUGGUGGUUGUCGGCAAGAAACCUUCCUAUCAGAGUCGAGUGAAGGAUGAGCCCGCCUACUACUGCAACGAGUGUGAUGUGGAGGUGUUCAAUCUAUUGUUUGUGACGAGUGAGAACAACAGCAGGAAGACGUAUGUGGUUCACUGUGAGGACUGUGCUCGUCAGCGUAACCCCAACAUGAACAACGUGGUGGUGCUGGAGCAGUACCGCAUGGAGGAACUCAUGAACAUAUACGACUCCUUCAGCCUGGCCUCGUCGUCCCGGUGACAGAACUCUCCUCCUGCGUCUCUUUAGCCAUAACCAAAACUCCUGCAAGCCGGGACACAUUUUCACUUUGGUUUUUUGAAUGACCCUUUCAUUAAUAAACACAAUAUUUGCUACUACUACUGCUAUUUCUGGACAGCCAGUUGAAUAUGUUUACUCAUCAGAAACGUUUACAAAAAGAAAUACCAAGCAGCCAAUACCAUACCAGUUUACUCUCAGACGGUGCUUUUAACCAGAAACCAGGGGGCAGUCCGUGCUGCCGUUGAACAAACUUUUGAGGGUAGUUUUGGGUUUAAUGGAGAGAAAAGUACGUUCUCUUUUUGUUGUCUUGAAUCCUGAAAUUUGUACUGUUUGCAAUGUUUGUGGGGUGCUGUCUUUUUGAAAAAAAAUUAAUUUAUUGGUUUUUUUGGGGGUUUUUUCUAAACUAGAUCAGCCUAGAUAUAUACCACAUUGGCCUUGUAUGAAGAAAGAAAAUAAAAAUACUAAUAAUAGAGUUAUGAACAUUUUUCUAAAGCAUUAAGAAUUUAAAAAUGACAAAUGUUUGGAAUGCUUCAAAACAUACGGGUUUUAAUGACUUUGGUUGUGUUCUGGGGGGGGGCGUUCCUUUUGUCUUUUUUGGUUUCUUGGAUGUGUUGUACAUUUUGUGUUUGUAUGAAUUCUACUUUUCAUCAGGAUAUUAAUAUUCAGUUGACACUUAUCAGGUAUUUUGUUUAAUUCCUCCAUCUCUGAAUGAACUUUCAAAAAAAAAGAAAAGAUCUCAUUGUCAUCUGGUGUGUGUGUGAUUAUACCUCGGAUAUGUUUUUGUUCCAAUAUGCAGACGUAGAAUUUUCCUCUUUUGGCAUUGUACAUUUAAUUUAAAAAUGUUUCCUCUAUUUAUUGGAUAUCAAUGUUCUCCCUUUUUGAACGGGGUUGUACAAGCGAUUCUUUUUUCAAAUGACUGAUUGCUCUGUAAGAAAUGUGGGGGUGGUGGGGGCUGCUGUUUCUCUGGUGCUUGCCUCUCACUACUCCUGCCUUUUUCUCCUGAUAUAUAUCAAAUGAUAUCUUUAUCUGGAAUAUAACGCCACCUUUCUUGUAGACAGUAGGCACACUGCUCACGUAGAGAAUGGAAUGCUGUGUUUGUAUGGUCUUUAAGGAAAAAACAACCUUUUCCAAAAUGUUUGAGAAAUGGUCAUUUUUUUAUUCUGUAGGGGGAUUUUAGAUGAAAUUCUAAUGAUUUUUAUGAUAUUAUCUGUUGAAUAUGAUAAUGAGAUAGAUGGUGCUACAUUUUCUCUUUUUUCUGUUUGUCUUCUUAAAAUGAGAAUUCUAUUUUUCCUGUUGCAAUAUUACCCAACCCCUUUCCUUCUCUUUGUGGUCAUUUAUUUAUAACUGCACUGUUUAGAGAAUUCACACACUUGCAUACACACACACCAAACUGAGCCAGACAUGUCUUAAACACUUGUGAAUUUGUGACUAUUAAUAAUAAACACAUUUUGAUAAAUCUAGAAA